AUGUGGGAAGACAUCGGCAUCGACGCAGGAAUUGCUUUGGAGGAGCGAGGAGUUUGGUUGCAGGAUGGAGCAGUUUCUGAGGAUACAGCUGCUGAGGUGAGGCAAGAGAUCUUAAAAUGCCAUGUAGGUGGCCUGCUGACGCAGAGUGGCAACAAGUUGGCUGUCAGAUUGCCUGAUGGAACACGAGGUGGACGCGUUUGCAAGAAGCUGCAUGUUUUUGAAGCCGAUGUAAUCGUUGACGGAGCUGUGAACUGUCCGCAGGUACUUCAAGAGUGUCCAGUGUUGGCUGCCCUGUUAGCACAAGAGGCACAUCUUCGUAAGCACUUCAGCAACUUGCGACCUUGGCUGCGUAUUGAUCGGUUGGAGCAGGCCAAGGUGCAAGUGAACACUGGCAGUGGUGGGGCCUUUCCCUGCCACUUUGACUUGCCGGCAGACCCGAAAUCUGACAAGCGGCUUCUGACAGUUUUGUUGUAUUUGAACCCGGACUGGACUGCCGGUGAUGGUGGAGAGGUGGAGGUUUUGCCCUUCCCGUUUGAGAAUUGUAUCCUCCCGCCAGUGAAUAGACGCUUGGUAGCCUUCUCCUCUUGCACAACUCUUCACAGGGUGCGGCCUUUCCAUGGACAAAGUCGAGUUUGCUUAAAUUUAUGGUUCGAAGGAGAGGCUCAGCUUCCGUUUCCUGCGCCCUUGCAGCCAGACCUUUACAAUUAUGACGCAUGCAACAUCGUGCGGAUUCUACGCCAACGGCCGGCUGAAUUGAGGGCCUUCUGCAAGGUGUGGUACAGUGACACGAUGAUUCAAUCUCUCCGCGAUGCAUUUGAGGAAUGCCAGGAGCUCCAGGCUGCGGUAGACCUACACAUGGAAGAAAUGACGGCAAUUCAGUCCCGCAUCUCCAGAUCAACCUUCGAUAUUCUGCAAGAGUGCUUGCCAUUUGUGUACGACAACAAGAAGGACGAAGUCCCUGAGGCAGGGGAACUGGUGCUCAUCAACUGCCGCAACAACCGCAAGAUCUUGGCGCGCGUGAAAGCCUUUGACCGCCACUCGAACAUGGUCUUGGAGAAUGUCAGGGAAAUGUGGACUGAAGUACCGCACGGAGGCAAGAAGAAGGCGAAGCCUGUGAACAAAGACCGUCCUUUGUCAGCACAGAGGACCUGGCUGGUUGAAGGUGGCAAAGUUCAAGAAGUGGACCUGGAUGAGGACCGCUUUGCCUGCGAGAUCCUGCGAGCAUUCAGCAAUGUUGAUUCUGCCCAGGGAGCCGCCUUGUUGCAGCAGAGAUCUGUACGGGAUCUCUUCGUUGCAUCUGUAUCACCGCAGGACCUGAAGGAAGAAGAAGAACUCAUUGAGGAUGAAGAGGAGAAACCUUGGAAACAAGUUUGGCGAAGACACCGACCAUCUGACAAGACAGGCCAACAAGGUCUCAUCACAGAGCUUCCAUGCGGUGUGAGAAUGAAGCUUAAUGCAUCCUUUAGCCUCAGUGCCUCCUGCCCACGCGCAUGCCCAAUGCAUGCGGAUCCCACAAGCAAAGCGCCCACAGAUUUUUGCGUGAGCAAAUGCGUGGCUGCUGAUGAGUGCGCCAAGCACAAUCCAGAGGCACCUGUAGCGGAUAGAAGCCUGGGCUCCUGCCGUGGAGCUGUUGUGGACGGAUGUGAGCAGCCUAGCCUUGAUGGCACAGACACAUGCCUCCACUGCAACCCUUUCCGUGUUCUCAAAGAUGGGCAGUGUGCUAUUCGCUACUGGCGCGCAGCAUACGCCGCGCUAGCUGUGCUGGUGUUCCUCGUAGUUCUGAUUCUUGCGAUUCUCGUGGACUUGCUCCUGCGCCCAGUUACCAACGAGUCCAACCUGGAGGAUGCGCUUAAUUAUCGGUCCAAGCAGAAGUUCCGCACCCCAGAAGAUGGAACGGGCCGCCAUUUGUACCCACUCUCAACGAACCUUUGCAACACGAUUAUCGGUGGACCUGGUUUGGCUUUGCAUUUCCGCUUCCAGGCAGUGCUGAUUUGCUGGGCGAGCCUUGUUUGCGCCAGUUGGCUCGUUCUCGCCCUUUUGACGGACUACGAUUUGCUGGUUCUUGGCACCAAAGAAUUCGGGACUGCUUUUCGGAACUGCGUUCUGGUUGCCUGGGGCCGCGAGACACAGCGAAGGUUGAUGUGGGCAAAGGAAAGCUUCAUUGCAAUUGUCUAUGUGUGUUCCUUUGCAGGCAGCAUCAUUUUCGGGAUUCAGCAGCUUCGAUUGUAUCAACGCGUUGACCAGCAACAUGACACCAUGAGGGACUAUGCAGUGAUGAUUUCUGGUUUGCCGCAGCUAGAAGGUAGUGAACCAGUUGAGGAAGAACUGAAGGAUUGCCUAGAGGCAGCAAGCUCACAGCAAGUGCUUGGAGUCUCCGUGUGCUGGGCCUACCGGGAGCACAAGGAUGCGGUGCAUCUGGAGAUUGUGAAGUCUUUGCACCAGUCCGGCGUAGAAGGUGUGCGACAUUUCCAGCAACCAGUUGAGGACAUGGGGCCCUUUCGGCGGACUCUCUUCCGGAUUGAGGCGAUGAUCCUCUCAGAGGGUUCCGAGCAAGAAAUGUCCGAAACUGAGAUCAAGAAUCUGGUGCUAUCUUUCAGGAGCAGUUCGACAGCCUUUGCUGUUUUCCCAACAGAGCAUGCAAGGGAUGAGGCCGUCCGCAUCCUGGAAAACGGGAUGGUCUUCAGAGACCGCACAUUGCAAGUCUCUGCGGCCAUACAUGAGCCUCAGGGGGUACACUGGAACAACAUUGAUGGAACUGGAUUUGAAUGCAAGCUUUGGAGGCUCGUCAAAGGAUUUGCUUGCAUUAUGCUGUGCCUUCUGGGCUGGAUGGCUAUUUUCUAUACCCCUUAUGCAUGGUCGAUACUGAACUUCAACUACGAAGGUGGCCGGCAACCAGGCAUAGUUUACACACUGGUUUUCUCUCUGAUAGUUUGCGUGGGGAAUCUCUUGAUGGCUGAAAUCUGCAGCAGAGUUGCUGAUGCUAUCAGUUUCGAUUUCAAAGACACUCGAGAGAAUUGUUACAUGGUGCUGUAUCUUGUGGCUAUCGCUGUCAAUGUUGCGUUGGAUUUGUGGACAACAUAUUUCAUGGCAACCCAGCAUCAUGGCUGCACAAAGUGCACUUUUUGA